AUGUUGCACAAUAUCAUUUUUUUAACUAAAAAAAAUAAAUUCUUCCCAUCUCCACUUCUUUUUCGUUAUUAUUUUAAAGCUUAUAAAAAACAUUUAAAUUCAAAAUCUUUAAAUACUGCUUGCAAGUAAGGAGAGUUAAUAUCUUAUAAAAGUGAGUCGAAUUUGAGGAAAAUAUAAGUAAAUUCGUCGUAAAAAAACAUAAAUUUUAUUUAUUUAUUAAAAUAAAAAGCAAUGUAGAUAUUUUUGGAUACAUUUAGAAUUGUAAACAAAAAUAAUAAAUAAAGUAGGAUUUGA